AUGAUUGAAAACGAACAGAUUGGAGGCCGAGCCGUCCCUGUCGAGGAUGGGCACGUCAAGGCGGCCCCCAAUAUGCAAUACGUCCGUCUGGGGAAUAGCGGGCUAAAAGUCUCCCGUCUAAUCUUGGGCACUGCCACUUACGGGCCGAAGACCGAUGUGGCGUGGCGAGUCGAGGAAGGGGGAAGCACUGAAGCAUCUCAACGCUCGUCGACUUAUACCCUGGACAAGCAUUCAUGUCAAACAUUCCUGGCCCAAUUAGCGAGCCUGGCAACUGGUGAGGAGAUCAUCGGGAAGUUCCUCAAGAUAGUCCUGCGAGAAAAUGCUGUAGUCAUGACCAAGUCCUUCUUUCCGGUGGGUGACUCGCCAAAGGCAGGACCAGCAGGACUUACGGUCUCAUCGGGAAACAACCGGAAGCACAUAUUUGAGAACGUGAAAGCCGGCCUCAAACGACUCCAGACUGACUAUAUUGACGUUCUUCUCAACGUGAAGAAAUUGAAGGAUGUGCUAGGUGCAUUCCUAGGAGCAGAGGCAAGAGCAAAGGAGGCAAUUGAGGAGUUGGCGAAAUACGUGGCUCUUUUGUAG